AUGGCACAGCUGUUCACAGCUGUUUUCAGGAGAAGCUAUGCAGCUACGGACUACCCUGAUCUUGCAGAGCAUCACCCCAAGCCCGAUUUCGAGAUCCGCUACAAAAGCAAAAUGCCUUCGAAGAAAAGGAUGAAAAUCCCUGCUACCGAGAUAGAAGCAGAUGCUGAUCGAGAUCGACCCGUCCCAUUGGCAGAUGAUGCUUCUGCUAGUUUCAGGUCUACAUCUUCGACUAGCACUCUGUCGAUUGUGUCGGUUAAUGAUGUUGCAGUGCCUGCUGGGUGGCCACACGAUGCCCAGCCUGCCUUUGGCCAGUCUUUGUCAAGCUCAUCUUCAUUGUCAAGCUUGGGUGGUCAUGCUGCUCAUCCUCAGCCGGAGCCCUCCAAUGGCAGAGUGCUUAUGCGAGGUGUGAGCGCGGAUAAGAAUGGAGGGGCUUCGCCAUACAGUCGUCAUGUGCAGCUGACGAAGUCUUUGGUUCAGGAAGCUGCUGGCAAACUUGGGGUGGAGUUGACUGUGCCGCUUACACGUGACAUGCAGAAAGAGGUCUCCGAUGCUGCCAAGGAGCAGUGGUCCAAGAGGCCCAAGCCAGCAGCUGAUGAAAAUGAAGCAGCAGCUGCGAUUGGGAAGUCCAAGGCAAGAGCUGCUCCCAAGGAGAAAGCUCGUGCCAAGAAGACAACCAAGAGAAAGGUUGCAGAGGCCGAGGUUCCUGCAUCGAUGGAGCACCCGGUGGACAGAUUGAAUGCACAGCUUCGCGACUUUGAAGAUGAUAAAGGCCAGGAGUUUGAUGCUACCAAGAAUACCUGGGGCAAGGUCUCAGAUGAGCUGAAAAAGAAGCUUAAGCCUUUGAUCUACAAGAUGGAGAAGCCCCUUUGA